UGUCACUUUGCUGUUCUUAUCGCCCGUAUUGAGGGGAUCCUUGGGCACUGCGCAUUUGAUCAAAUUUAUAUUCACAGCAUCUUUUAUUAAAACUAUGUCUAAAAUGGCAGAAUCAUGGAAUAGAACAAUUCACCUUCAUAGGUACCGAGGGAGCUCUUCCACGGUUGCAAGUGCUUAAGUGGAGUUACCUAGGCAACUUUACGUUGCCCAGGUAGAAUAGUCAGUAUCAGCUCGACCAUGUACCGGUUGUUAGUCCAGCAACUCCUGAACAAAUUCCCGAUUUGAUAAUGGCAACUAUGCUAUCAACGUCCCCGAGCUUCUGUAUGAGCCGCAUUAUCACUCGCAUUACCAUAGUGUAGUUUGAGCUUCCAAUUGACGUUGUUUAGCAACAGAGCUCGCUCGGCACAAAUUCGAUCACCGAGACGUAGAGAACCAGGCUCCCAGCAAAACAUUUGCUACCACCCGGGAACAAGAGCCAGGGUCAAUAAGCAAGGCUCAGCUGAAAAGUGGAUGAGGCUCUAAUGCAACGAUCAUCUGUUUUUUCCUUUACGCCCGACCGUAGCGCUGACCCCAGACGACACGAGAUUUCAACAAUAAAUAUAGUUUAUAACAAAAGGACGUUGUGCUCCUUCGGGCUUGUUGAAAGCCUUGCAAGAAGUACUGUCUUCGCCAAGGUACACCGAACAACAGAAUGCCGGUACAUUACAAUUCCAUGGUCAGAGUCAGAUCGUAACCUAGUAAUGUACCCAGGUGACAUUCUCGCAGCCGAAGGCGACCAGCCUCGAAGCGCACUUCUAGGCAGCAUGCUAACAUCAUCACGAUGGUUCGGCAGGCUCGGAUUUGCCUAGUUUGCGAAGGCUUGCCUCGCGUCUCGUAUCUCCGGUCAUCCUUGUGGGUGCAAAACAUCUUGUGCAAGCUGAACAGGCACCAACGUCGAAUCAUCUGCUCCUUCUAAAAGCAGGCAAAUGAACAACUGCUGUCCAUUAGCUGAAAAAGACGGAAGGGCUGCCUCACAGAUGUAGAAGCGGCUGAUCAGUCUGUUCUUGAGCACCAUAUCGACAAAUUCGCGGGACAGACUAUCCAAUGAAUGCAUGGUAUGAGCUGGGGAGAACCUGAAUUUCACACUACCGUGCGAAACACCGUCUCGCUUGCCCCUGUCUUCGGAUCACUGUUGGGUUGUAGCGCGCAAUCCAGAAUACUUGGGGGGCCAGUCACAUCUUCAUCAGCUCUCGUCUCCAGGAUCAGCUAGAGACUUGUGGGUCGGGAGUACCUAGGCAACGAAUGACCUGCUCCUGGAGAGGCUGGCACCCAUCUCACCAUAAGAUUCGUUGACUCAUCGAGCGGCUAGCUUCAAAUGUUGUCGUUGGUGAGUGAUUGACGAGAAACAAAGUCACUGCCGGACAGCCACAGACGGUGGCAAGAUGUUCAAGUGUUCUGAUGGGUGCAUCGAUGUCGGAGCUGACUUUUGCAGUGAGCUGAAGGCGAACUUGUCUUGGCCAGGCAGCUGCGGACCCAUGACGGUUGGACCAGAUAUCUAUCCCACUCACGGCGCGCUGGUCCUGGUGACGCGUCGUUGGUCGGACGAAUCAUGUGGUGAUCCAGGAGCACCUAAGCGACGACCUUUUCGAGGAUCUGAGGAUUAUCGACAAAUGUUUCCGCAUUCAUGCUUCGUCCCGGCUGUGUGUCAACAGGGAGGCGUUGUCAAUGGCAAGUCACAGGGGCGUCAUCGGAGGUCAGGCCACACACUCUCGGUCUGGCAUGAGAAGCGGUGGCAACAGUUGGGAAUUAUAAUCUUGAAGCACGAAGAGGGCUGCUGCUUCUAAAAGGGCUCUGGCGCGGGCGAAAAAUUGAUGUUCACGAUAUCUCCCACGCCACUCGCCACAGUCAUUGUCGCGGUGAUAGCCGUUGCGCCAUGCACAGCCACUCACAAUGUGAACACGGCGAAACCGAUUGGUCACCAGUACGGGCUGUGCUAAGGCUGCAUCUAAGCUGCUGUAAACUCAAGUAAGCGAUACGAAUUGCGUCCUAAGGAGGAGUGGAGUGAGAAAAUCCGCAGAACUCAUAUUUCACGAGAAGGCAGAAGGCCUCGAGCCGCAAGAUCGUUGGGUAGGGGCGUGAGGGGCGAAGUGGGCCCGCGAAAGCAACAUUGAAGGAUGACAUAACACCAGGUGGAGGACACAGAGAGGCCUGGUAGGACGGCCAUGCCACAGGGCUCGCUCGCGGAUUGGCUCGGCACCGCUUUGUGGCAGCGGGCAGAGGUGGUCUAGUGUGUCCCGGAUCCGAGACGGUGAAGCGUCAACGGGUCGCCGGUGAUGCCCAGAGGGUGCGAGGUUGAUCUUGAAACAGAACUACCAACGGCAAUUUACAUGAUGAUCUGACACGGGUCGGUGGUGGGAGGGUUGAGAGUUGCGGACGAGGAAGGUGAUGGUCCCAGGUGAGGCUCAGCGUGGAGACCAUCCAGUCACCUAGCCAAGUUACCUGCCUGGGUACUCAAGUAAGUAGGUACGUAGGUCCUAGGUAUAAAAGCCAGUCUGUUUCCCUGCCGCCAUGCCGCCAUCUGGUGGCGCGCUGCGCCAGCCGCCCCAGCUUUUCUCCUUGUACCAUUCUGUCUCUGCCCCGUGAAAAGAGUCAUACCGGUACGGCGAGGACUGACUGCAGUGCUUCACAGCAUUGCGUUGUGAGUCUACGAGCUCUUGCUGCCUUGCCCCUGGCACGAUGUUGUUGAAUCUGGACUCGGCGGUUGGCUGACCUCGAGUGCUUCUAGAACGCAGUAGAAGAGAUUGAGGCUGUAUGGGUCUGACGUGCUGGGAUGGUUGGUCUUGCAGCCUAGUCGCUGGCCAGGGCUAGAGGGAAGCGCUGGACGGCGUGGGCGGCCCAGCGACCCUGAAAUAUCUGCAGAGCCGCAUUGGCGGACCAUGCGAACCACAGCCCACAGGAUGUACUCCGCCGUAAGGCAACCGCACCUAAGUACGGAGUAAGUAGCUAUCUACAUGGAGUAGACCCCACUUUAGGUACCCGGGCACCUACCUAGGUAGGUACUUUCAUGUGGUUCGCGGCCCUUUUUCUGCUGUCGAUAUUUAUUCUGAAAGACGUCCGGAAGUUGCAAAGGGGUCAAGAGGUUUCGUUGACCAGCUUUAUGUAGUUGUUUUGAAAAUUUGCCGUGGUUGACAAUUGACGUGGCACUUACGUCCCCUUGCUCAUUGCAUCACGCAAACAAUCCCCUUGCCGGGAAGCUACCUGGGUUUAGUACCGAACGGAUGCCCCCACCUCAUUCGUCGACGACACACCAUCCAUCGCAACUGUCCCCGUCCUGCCACGGGCACUGCGCUUUAUUUAUUUUAUCAAAAAACAACAACUUUAUUUUCAGAAAAAGAAUGGCAAAUCUGGCCCAGGGCUGGAUAAACCAUUUACGUCGCCAGGCGAGGAAUGAUCAGCCUCCCCCAACAGACGCGGCAGCUCCGGCGCCCCCCGCGAGAGACCAGCCACAGCAGCGGCCCAGCGGCGACAGACCUGGCGAUGCUGCCCUGCGAGACCCUCCCGAGGCUGUCACGGGUGGCGACCCAGCCUUCGAGGAUGCUCCGCCGGCCAGAAAACGGCUGAAGAGCCCACCAAAUUCCGGCAAGGCCGGCGACCGCCCCCGUUCGCCCUCGCCAUCGCCAAAUAGACGUUCAAAACCAACCAAGCAGACCACCACAGGAGACGAGUCGACGGCUGGCUUUCCCGCCCGACCUGCCCCUAGAACAAAAGGCAGAAUAUGGAAUGAGGGUGACCCUAUACCAACCCGGAACCCCGCCUCGGCCCAGCCUGCGCCGCAACAAAAUCCUCCUCGACCACCCCGCCGGCGCGACAAUAACAAAGCCAAUAGUAAUCCGCCACCAGAGGAAGAGGAUCCCUCCGUCAAUACCAUGAUUGGACAGCCCGAGACCCGGCCGAUCAGUCAAGAACAAUUAGUUGCUGAGGUGAAGGGGAUUUAUGCCGGCCUCGUCAUGGUCGAGUCCAAGUGUAUCGAGGUUGAUAGCUCCCAGAGCGCACAGAACGAUUCUAAUCCCAAGUUGAACAACGAACAGUGGCAGGCCCUGAUCGCGCUGCACCGCACUCUAUUGCAUGAACACCACGAUUUCUUUUUAGCCUCUCAGCACCCGUCGGCAAGCCCGGCCCUGAGAAGACUUGCUUCAAAAUAUGCCAUGCCGGCGAGAAUGUGGCGCCAUGGUAUACAUUCGUUCCUCGAGCUGUUACGCCACAGGCUCCCUGCCUCCCUGGAACACAUGCUCACUUUCAUUUAUCUCGCCUACUCGAUGAUGGCUUUGCUUUACGAGACGGUCCCAAAUUUCGAAGACACCUGGAUUGAGUGUCUGGGCGACCUCGGUCGCUAUCGGAUGGCCAUUGAGGAUGAGGACAUACGCGACAGGGAAAUUUGGACCGACGUGUCGAGGUACUGGUACUCCAAGGCCAGCGAUAAGGCUCCUACCACCGGGAGGCUGUACCACCACCUGGCCAUCCUUGCGAGGCCUUACGCUGUUAAGCAGCUUUUCUACUAUACGAAAAGCCUCUGUGUCGCGAUACCUUUCAAGUCCGCAAGAGACAGCAUCCUGACACUGUUCGAGCCCAUCAUCAACGGGACCCAGACUCGACUUCAAGCCAUCGACCUGAAUUAUGUGAAGGCGCAUGGCAUCCUGUUCAUCAGGAGUAAUACGGAUGAGAAAGACAAAGCGCUUUCCAAGAACCGCGAUGAGCUGGCGGUCGAGUACGCAAAAGCCAAAGGUCAAUUUCUAGCACACUUGGAUAACCACAUUGCGCGGACGACCCGGAGUUGGAUGGAGCCUGGCGCUUUGAUUGCCAUUUCAAAUUGUAAUGCACAACUGGAGUACGGGAAAACUGAGGCAAAUGCCCAUGGCCAUGCCAACGUGCUGAUGAUGGCUAUUCUUCCCGAGUCGGACAAGGAUACGUUCAUGGAAAACUCAACCGAGGACAAGCCGGCGCCAUCUGACGUCUUCAAAGAGGCAUCUGAGUUUGCCGAGGAGUGCGAUUCCAUCAUCUCUCGCCGCUACGGCGACCCCAAUGUUUUGCCUUAUCUCAAUGUCCGCCUGUCUUUCGUCAAGUUCAUCGCCGGCAACGAGGCUGCCAUGGCGUACAUUCAGUACACGUUCCCAUGGACAUUGAUAGCGUUGAUGCUAAACUCUUUGUCGAUUAGCGUUCAGAGCCAUGUGCGCAUCGAGUCUGAGGAAUUUCCCAGGCCAAGCGACAGACCCCUCCCGGAGGAUUGGUCUCUCCGAGGCCUCCUCUGGACCGAGAAGCUAUUCCCAUCUGACUGGUAUGCCAGUGAAAACUGUCAGGUUGAUGACGAUGAGAAGACCUUUGAACUUGCUUCCAUGACUGAACAGAGGAAAGAGCGGCUCCUUUGGCUGGGCUACCACAUCGCUACGCAUGGCAAGUGGCUAACCUAUGACAAGCAUAGCAAGCAGUUCAGUGUUACCGCUGAGUUUGACAAAGAAUACCUAGUGCAUGAUGCAAGCGAGGAUGCCACUCUGUCUGGAAAGGAAGACUUUUUGUCACGCUCUUCAACCACGGGCAGCACAGCAACAUUCGACCAGGGUACUGAGAGUUCGUUCACUGAGAAGGACGACGGCGACAUCCCAGCCGUGGACGACGAUGUCUCUAUGAUGACAGAGAAGGAAAACCCUUGAGUUCAUACGUUUGUGGAUAAAGUGUCAUUUCCUCGACCACCCAGUUACGUGAAUUAUAGCGCCUGCUGCAACGGACGAUGUACUAGUAGGAAGGACCCAUUGGCACAAAGGCAGGGAUUUAGACUAUUAUGGGAACAAGAAUGAAGCCGCGUAGCCUUCCAAUAUCCCCAAUGGGACCACUUAACAGACUUAUCCUGGAACCGGAUUCAACUUAACAACACGCCUCAGGAGGCUCGGCUUAUUUGCUACCUCGCAUUUCCAAGGACUGGGCAUUCCAAGGACCUCCGCUUGGAUUACUGAUUGUUCGUGUUUGCGUGCCUGGAAGAGGAGCAUUCCACCCACCCCCAUGCAUCGGACCCAAUCCCAUGAGGACCAUUUCGGAUACCGAAAGAUCUCGCCUAACUUGGAGGAUGCCUCCGCUCUCGGAAACAUGAUCAAUAAUACCCUGAUCAUUUGGUCCACAAGCAUGCUGUGCGACUGCGCAAGCCUCCCCAAAGCCUUGGUGGCAGACCGUACAGCAGUUCGGGAGCAGUUUGGUCAGGACGUCUCCUGCUCUUACCGUGUGUUGAGGUCUUUUCAACCAAUGCCAUCGUCCUUGGGUUCUACCGUGACUUGUGGGCUGCCCGCCUCGGAGUAUCCCGCACAAUGCCAUUGGAGCACAGCGAUGGCCAAGGGAACGGCCCACCUCAAACCAUUGGACAGGCAUCAGCACCCCGCUUGGCUCACACGAGCACCGGGACUUGAGCCACAGACACACAUAUAUACGUUGGUUGCUUCACAUAGGCGCUUCUAAACGAACCUCCAGGAUCGCCUACAUAUCUUCACAGAAGCCACACUAUCUAGCCGUUCACUACACACACGUUACCGGUCAUCACAAUACUUAGCAUAUGCGGACGACACAGGAGGGCUUGACGUCUACAGUGUCUGGUUACCCGCAAAACAUUAGAUUUCUGGUGAACACCACCCUUGUUUUUGUAAUUUUAAACUUAAUUGUGUCAUAGCUAUGAUGAGUUCGAAGAAGCUCAAAUAUUGUGCUCCAACGCAUGGUGACAGCCGCUCAGCUCAAAUCGUAGCUUUGCAGGCUUGUCAUUCAAGACUGUGCCUGCUCGCUGACAGUAGGACACGCCUCAUGUCGCCGGGGUCAUGAGCACCUCCUGCAUCAUCCUCAAAUAUGUCUGUGUUUCCUCACAGCGGUACCGAAACCAGGCCAGAAAAGAGCAAGUCAAGGCAGCCACUGCAUGGAACCUGAGUGAGCACGAAUAUUCGUGUUCUCAAAAGAUUAUGUGAUACGAUCACGGUCUCCUCUUACAGCUCCAGAGAAGUGCAAAUAACCGAUCCUCGUUCCGGACUUAUCGGCUCACCACAUCACACCAAGCACGCCAGCGCAUGGCCUCGUGCUUUUUCCGUGUCACUCUCGGCUACAUGAAUCGAGUGUAUUGAGACAAUCUUUGUGCUGGCACCGCAGCAUUCUCCAAAUCCACAUCACAUGCCCUUGUACAGACGGCACCUGGGCGUCGGUACUGCACUUUGGCGAUCACGAUCACUGUAUCGAACUUCCAACCAAAUCAGCAUUUUCCUACCGGUCUCAGAAUCUUUGAAGCAGGCUCUCCAAAGGAAGUUCUUCGGCAAGAGCAGCCCACCAGUCCUUUCCGUAUCUUUAUUGCGCGAGGGAGUCGGCUGAUUAACGAUAAGGAAGGGGGGGUGGCCUCUCCACAAUGUGUAAGCAUACGACGCUCAGGUGAGACAGGGGAUAGAUACAUCGCAAGUGAUCACACGGUCCUCUCCCCACAUUCUUGAUGAAAGGUUCGGAGGCAAAGAGAUUGGUCUGAAACAAACCCCCAUGAGGCGACGCACGCCCGGCAAGAUUGGAGCUCUGGCAAAGCUGUGUUCAGCCUCGUGGCUGCACGGGCCGGGAGUCGAUCUUGCCUGAAGCUAUCCCUGCAUCUGCAGGAUGCACUCCCGGAACUCCCCUGGCUCCCCGGUCCCCCCCCCCCCAGGCGUUGAAUCUGCAGGUGAGCUCGGAGCUGCAGGCUGUGGCUAAGUGUGCUACCACCAUCCUGCAGGCCUGCGGCACAGGAGCCCAUCAUCGAAAAAUAGGGCUGUUGAGGGGUGGGUAAUCCUGCACUUUUGGACAGCGGCCGGUGACCAGGCGAGACCACACCAGAGACAACCAUGGAUGGCUACUCCAAUGGGGCAGCAGCUGGGAAGCACGGGUUGUUCGACACACUUGCACCACACACCCCUUUCCCCUCUUGACGCCUUUUGGUUAGCGGCUUCAACCUUGAUAUCUAUAAAGCAUCGGGCCGUCAUCCUGUGAGGGUGCAAAGGAGUCAUCACUGACUUGUUCGAUGGAUGCACAAUGGACAUAAGUCAUGUCUUGUGACGUGGAGAUGAGGUAGCAGCAGGCGAGAUAGUGUGAGCAAGAUGCUGGAAAAUAGGAGGCACUAUCACGAACUACGGGGAAGUGGAGGUCGGUGCAGGCAGAUUGCAGCCUGGCAGCUGAUCCUGGCUGCCUGCCUACUUUAGGCAUUUGCCCAGGCUUGCGAGAGAAGCUCGUUCCAGAAGGUGGGCUCUGAAGUUCUGGAAGCGAAGGCGGGCGUUCAUGCAGGCAUUCCAACGGGCCCCGCACGACACAGCUGAGGGAAUCGCAACCUGGAAAACUUGACAGGUACGGUACGGAGCAAGACGUCUCCAUUGAUACUGAACCUCAUGAUCCUCCACACCGGUCUGCUUACCAACAUGCCGCCCAUGGGCCAAGGAUUUGGAAUCGAUAGCGUCUCGUUGGCCAUGGUGCCUGCUUCACGAGCCGGUCAACCGGGGGGGAUACGCUCCCCAGGCGCCAACGAUAAGGAUGCUUAAUUUGAAGACCAACGACCGGCCAGCUUGUCAGUAUAAUGACGCUGACCUGAGUCUUGAUCGACCAAUCAGCGCUUGUACUGUUAUUGCACCGUGGGGAGGAUCAAGAUGGCGCCAGGAGUGUCCACGACACUUUCGGUGUGCGGUUUUGGGGAGACAAGUUAGACAAACAGUACGCGGUGCCCGAGGUGAAGUGGCCCCCGCAAGGGUUAGUGACCCCGGCUCGCCCCUCUGCCGCGGCCGCUGUAAUUCCAAAGAAGUAUGUAGCCAGCACUCUAGCUCCUCCCACCGUAACUAAUGCUCACCGUUGCGCACA